AUGAGUGAGCAGAGCAUUUGCCAGGCCCGGGCCUCUGUCAUGGUCUACGAUGACGCCAGCAAGAAGUGGGUCCCCAUCAAACCAGGACAGCAGGGCUUCAGCCGCAUCAACAUCUACCACAACACUGCCAACAACACCUUCAGGGUGGUGGGAGUCAAGCUGCAGGACCAGCAGGUGGUGAUAAACUACUCGAUCGUGAAGGGGCUGAAGUACAACCAGGCCACGCCCACCUUCCACCAGUGGAGAGAUGCGCGGCAGGUCUACGGUCUCAACUUUGCCAGCAAGGAGGAGGCCACCACCUUCUCCAACGCCAUGCUCUUCGCCCUCAACGUGCUCAGCUCCCCGGACAGUGGAGGUCCAGUUGUCCAGCGACAGAAUGGGCCGUCUUCAGAGGAGAGCGAGGCCCAGAGGAGGAUGAUGGAGCAGCACCAAAUGCAGCAGGCUCAUAAGGAGAGGGAGAGACGCACGUCAGGAUCGGUCGUUUCCACCCUCCAAUACAAAGUGUCCAAUCCCCCUGUCCACCCCGACACCCCUCCCGAGUACAGACAGUUCCGCGCUAGCACACUGCCGCCAUCCUACGCCCGGGUGGCCUCCGACUCACCCCCUUCUCCCGCUCAGGACAAGGCUCAGCUCCAGGCUCAGCUCCAGGCACAGCUGUCCACCUCCCUAGCUUCUGCCUUCUCCCCGGUGCAGGCCGGGGUGAACACCCAGGGCCGGCAGGUCCGUCAGAUCCCCCUGUCCCCGCCCACAGCUGCUCGGCACUUGCACCAGCAGCAGGAGAUGGUCCUCCCCCCGAAACACGGCACGUGGUCUGCGUCUCACCUGCAGCAGAUGCAGAUGUAUGGGCAGAUGCAGAUGCCCGCCUCUAACUCCCCCCCUGUCAUGAUGGCUGUCCCUGUGAAGCAGGGUCUUCCCCCACAACCUCUCCCUGUCGCCCACCCCCUGCCCCCAGUGAGAAUGAAGCCCCCUCCUCCAGAGCCUAACCCUACCUACGCACCCCCGCCUCAGCAGCACUACCAGCCCCCCCCACACCCCCAGCAGCACACAAACGGUCAACCCGAGGAGCCUGCCCCGUACUGUGACCCCAAUCCUUACGCCCCGCCUCAGUAUCCCACCUUUCACCCCCAGCAGCAGCCAUCACCUCAGCAACUGCAGUCAUCUCCACAGCAACCACUGGUGUACCAGCAUCAGCAGCAGCCCCCUGCCCCAUCGCCCCCCUCUUACUCUGCCUCUGACGGGGGCUCGCCCAAGGAGACCCCCUCCCCUGUUCCCCUGCAGCCCCCCAUGGCCAGCAGCAGCCCCCCUGUGUCUGCCGGUCACCCCGCCAUGCUCUCUGUGGCUCCUCCCACAGCAGUGCCAUCUCCAGCUCCACCACCGCCUCCAGGCCCACCGCCUCCAGGCCCACCGCCCCCCAUGGCUGUGCCCCCCCCUAUGCCUCCACCUCUGCCCACAGGCGGGGGCCCUCCUGGGGGGCCGGCUGGGCCUCCUCAGCCCUCAGGCCUAGCUGCAGCGCUGGCAGGAGCCAAACUACGCAGAGUCCAAAGGGAUGAGAGCAGCCCGCCCGGCUCGGGGAAAGCCGACUCCAACCGCUCCAGUGGCGGCAGCGGCAGCGGAGGAGAGGGCCUCAUGCAGGAGAUGAACGCCUUACUCGCACGCAGGAGGAAAGCCUCGGAGAAACCUGAUGAGGACGACUCCAGCGGUCGGGGGCAGAACUCGACAGAUGCUGUGAAAAAGCCUUGGGAAAGAUCCAACUCCGCUGAGAAGUCUUCGCUUGUAUCCAGGGUCAGACCCGUCGGUAGCACAAGUGAGUCCGACUCUGAGUUUGACCGCAUGAAGCAGGAAAUUUUGGAUGAAGUUGUUCGAGAGUUGCAUAAAGUGAAAGACGAGAUCAUCCAUGCCAUCAGACAGGAAAUGGGCAGAAUCAGCACGUCCUAA